GCAACUGGAGCAAGCCCUCCACAGCCGACCACAGUCCACACCACAACAAUGCGUCAAAUGAAGAAGCGAGAGAGAAGUUGAAUAAAAUUUAGGAAUGAAGUUUACAUGCAAUCCAACUCCAUUAAUCUUUUUGUUUGAAAUCCCUUUAUUUUCCAGAAAUUAUUCCCAAUCUUCCUCUUCAAUCAACGACCGUACUGUAUUUCUCAAUUCAGUUCAAAAACAAUGCAAAUUAGGGUUUUCAAAUCUCAAUUACCCCCUUUCCCUUUUUCACCAAAUGACCUCUGUUCGUCCUCUUCCUUCAAUCUUACGUUUCAAUCAGCUUUUCGCCGCCAUUCUUAAACUGAAGCAUCUUCAACCUCAUUCCAUCAUUAUCUCUCUCUUCGCCCACCUCCAUUGUUAUGGUAUUCGACCCGAUAGGCAUUCAUUGGGUAUUCUUGCCAAUUCUUACUGCCAUUUGGGUCGUAUCGAUUUCGGGUUUUCUCUUCUUGGUAAACAGAUUAAACUCGGGUAUCCGCCCGAUUGUGUUACCCUUACCACCUUAAUCAAUGGCUAUAUCAAUAAUGAUAAGCUCCCAUUAGCUGCUCAAUUGUUGGAUAAAAUUGUCGGCUUAGGAAUCAAACCCGAUAUUGUUACUUAUGGUGCUAUGUUCAAAGGGCUUUGUAGGAUCGGCGACAAUGCCGGUGCUCUUGAUUUGCUUGAGAAAAUGCAGUCACAAGGGCAUUGUAUGCCUAACCUUGUUAUAUAUAGUACUGUAAUUGAUAGUCUCUGUAAAGAUACGAUGUUACAAGAGGCUCUGAACUUGUUUUCUGCUAUGAAAAAUGAGGGUAUUCAACCUGAUGUUAUCGUUUAUAACUCGUUGAUUCGAGGUUUGUACCAUUGUGGAUACCGGGAUGAGGGUAAGCUUAUGUUGAAUGAGAUGUUGGUAGACAACAUUGCGCCGACUGUUGAGACUUAUAAUAUGUUGGUUGAUGUGUUUUGUAAAGACGGGAGUGUUGAUGAAGCCUAUGCCGUUCUUGAGCUAAUGAUUGAUAGUGGUGAGGCUCCGAAUAUCAUUACUUACAAUGCUUUUCUUAAUGGUUAUUGUUUGCGUGGUCAGGUGAAUGAUGCGAAAAAGAUUUUCAUGGCUAAGAAUAGUUGUGAGCCUAAUGUUGUCAGUUUUAAUACUGUGAUUAAUGGUUAUAUUAAGCUUAAUUUCAUUGACAAGGCUCUAAACAUAUUCCAGGAAAUGUAUCGGAAAGGAAUGACACCGAAUGUUAUAACCUAUAAUACUCUUAUUGAUGGUAUGUGCAAAGCCGAUAAACUCCCACUUGCACUCCAGUUGCUCUUGGAAAUGCAAGCUCGUGGAGUUCCUCCAGAUAUUUUCACGUAUGCUUCAUUGCUUGGUGGCCUAUGCAGAAGUGGCCGGCUUGAUGAGGCAGUAGCAUUGCUCGAAAAUAUGGAGGUUAAUGGUGUCAAGCCUAAUACUGUCGUGUACAAUAUCUUAAUUGACAGCUUCUGUGAAUCUGGGCGCGUUAAAGAUGCUGAAAAUAUCUUCUGUCAUCUUCUGUCAAAGGGUCUACAGCCUGAUUGUAUAACAUACAAUGUAAUGAUCAAAGGCUUCUGCAAGAAGGGAUUAAUGAAUGAAGCUGAUGAUUUAUUGAGGAAAAUGGAGGAAGAUGGUUGUUUCCCUGAUGAUAUUACCUAUAAUACAAUCAUCAGAGGCUAUAUUCUCAAUCACAGCCUGUCAAAGGCAUUAUACUAUCGUGAUCUUAUGGUUAGCAAAGGAUUCAAAGCUGAUGCACACACUUCCUCAUUAUUUGAUGAUCUCCUGUGUUAUGGUAACUCGAGUUAUUAGUCCGAUUGCCUGCUUCAGGUAUGGGCAAGUUUGCAACUAGAGGAGAUUUUGGAGCUGGGAUAAUCAAAUUUGGUGAAAACAUCUUCCAUUGGCUUCAGAAGUUUUAACAUCUUAUUGGCUUUUGUUGGAGAUUGGUUUUCAGCUUAUUGAUUUUUUCAAUUUAGGAUAGGAUUGUAUAUACACACAAUACUUGUAUAUUUGUAUACUUUACAUUCAUCAAUUAUACCAUACUUUUUUGA